GAGCGCGUUUUUUGUGGUCUCAAGGCUGUUGUUGCAUUUACAAUGUGGGCAUACCAAGUUGCUAGGAUUGCGUACUCGUUUUGAAGAUCAAUAUUUCCGAAGAAAUAACUUUAUUUGCUGGCUUGCAGUUAGGAUGAAGCUUUUUCUGCACAACAUACUUACUUCUCGUGUCUUAAAGUCUGUGAAAGUGGGAUAUCCACUAAAAUUGAAAGCCAACACAUUAAAGGUAUCAACAGUUGAUUAUGACCCUGCAUCAGUUGCCCGUUUGAUUCCAAAAGUGGAGUGGUCUGUUGUGAAGUCAGUAGCAGAUGAAAUUGGUGAAGAAUACAUUCCUUGUUUGCCAGAAGAAGUCCCGGUUAAUUAUUCGGAAAACGAAGAAUUCUUAAAAUUGGCACAUCGAGCACUUCUUGAAGUCGACGUAAUGGAGGGUGUACUGAUUUGCCCAGAAACUGGUCGAGAAUUUACCAUCUCAAACGGAAUUCCAAACAUGUUGGUCAACGAGGGUGAAUAAGUCCAUUGUAAAAUUCCUUGUAAAUUUUUUCUGCAUAAUAAAUAUUAUAUCACUGUU